UAUGCAAACAUGCAUUGAUCACACACGUAAAAUUUCGAGCCAGUUCAUUCAAGAUACUCUUGUGUCUACUUUCAACACGGUGACGGUGUAACGCCUCAAAUUUAUAUCAGCAAGACCCAGUAAACUGUGGAAGAACAUUAAAGCAGACUAGAUCGAAAUCGCUUGGAGAAGUCAAGGAAACCAAUCACCAUGUCUAUCAGGACCGAUAUCGCCAGCAAACCAGUUGUUCAUUAUGCAGUCUCCGACUGGCACACCAACAAUCAUCUCCUGUCAUCAAAUGCUGAGAAACUGCGUGAUAAUUCCCACAAUACCCGGCAAGAAUCUAGCCAACUUCGUAAUGUGACCUACAACCGCACAGCAUGGGACAUGCACGACAACACAACUCGUCUCCAAAACAGAAUCGAUGACAUUGAGACGUGGCUGCAAACCCUGGAGAAGACCCGGAAUGAUGUCAUCGAGGAAACUGAGAAGCUUAAAAAGGACUUAGACCUUGCCGAGAGGGCGCUAGAGGCCAAAGCACUUCCUCUUGACGUAGCAUCAGAAUGUAAAACGCUACGUGACGGCAGGAGGGGUAUUGAUGUUAAAGACGACCUAGCAAACGCUGAAGUUAGCAAGGAGAUUGAUGUGAUAGAGGACAUUAAGGACGCAUUGCAGGCCAAAGUGACGUCGGCGCUUGAGCAAAUAUGUCUUCUCCAAGAGGCUCGUCAGCAGCUAGAUCUUGAUCUAAGGGAUAAGAAUGAAGCCAAGAAGAUUGAUACCUAUGCUCAUGAUCUCUCUAUAAACUCGCCAGAUAUCUGCUAUCAACCCAAUUCUACCAGGACACCUAAAGGGAGUACCACCCCUCAGACAUGGGAAGAUUUCUCUCGUUAUAACAAGGACAGAGCAGAUGCGGAGAUGCGUUCAUCCCAGCGUUUAAGGGAGGCAAUCCAUAGUACCGUAGCUCAGACUGAUAACGAUUUAGAAGCUCAACGUCAAGCUACCGAGUUUGCUAUUCGCAAGAGUAUCCACGAGAUGAAGAGUGCCAAAAAGGAACUCGAAUGGCAGAAGAAGAAUACUGAAGAGGAAAUUGCUAUGCAAGAACGUAAUAUUCGAGAGCAGGAGCAAGCCAUCAAGGACAAGGAAAAUCCCCUCAAGCUCGCCAUGACCAGACUUGAAAACCGUACCUACAGACCAAACGUUGAACUGUGUCGAGAUAACGCCCAGUAUGGAUUGGUUAAUGAGGUACAUGAGAUCCAAGACAGCAUCAAGGCUCUCGAAAAGAAACUCCAAGAUGCACACAAUUCCCGAGAUGCGUCCGAGAAGCAGCUCUACCGUAUCAACCAGGACCUGGAACUCAAGAACAAUUCUUUGGACCUCGACAACAAGUGCAUGCAGGUCAGACAGAAGCUUACAACGGGACCGGUCACGCAAACUAUGAACAACCUGUCUACGUUCAAAACUGAUCGGGAGCUCUACACGGCGCAAAGGAGUCUACUUGCUUGAACAUUUUUAUAACCUUAUAAAGACUUUCUGUAGUGAUGAAGAUGUCAAGCUGCAUUAGUUUGCUUACGAGGAUGAGGCAUAGUUGGCAUACCCGAUGCAGUUAUCAAACAUUGAUGUUAAUCUACCUUCAUAUGCAGAUCGAAAGAUCAUGUUAAUUUGAAUCAUUAUUCAUCAGUAAAUUGGUGUGCCAUAUUGAUAUAUUUAUUCAUCAAAAGAAAAAAAAAUCACCUAAUUUUGAGGGGCAAUCUUCAAGCCUUUGGAUACUGCAAUUCAAACUGCACUCUCAUGCUCAUUUGAUAUUUCAUCCCAGCAAUAAAAAAAAACAUUGAUCAGAUUCAAGUCACACAUCAAUAAUGAGCUAACAUUGCCUUACAAGUCAUGUCGAAAGUGAAUUUAAAAAAAUCAUCCUUUCAUGUCAUAGCUAACAUGCAGGUAAACCAGCCCCCAAAUAAAUUUUAUUAUUGUAUUCUAUCGUCCGUCCAUUAUAUUGCAAUAGUAUAGCAACUUUUGUUAUGUAGAUAUUUGAUUGGUUCUAUAAUGAAAUUGUAUUAAAGUGUAGUAAAAAAAAAUAUAUCUUUCAAUUAUUGAAUUUCUCGUUAUUGCACAUAAUGAAGGACAAUCGUCUCUCGUUAACCUACUAAGUACUAUCUCUUAAAUGAGAAUUGUAAUUGAUUGCAAAACUGGGGAGCACUUCACAAAGACUUUUGUUGGCAUUUUUCACCCCCAAAAAAUGUUAUAAGCUAUUGAAAAUCUUGUAAAUCUAGUUUUGCUGAAAGUAUAUUAAUGGGUAAAAAUCACUGACAAAACUCUUCUUGAAGUGUUCCCUUAUCCAGAGCGAGAGAAGUAAUUCGACAUUUCUGUAUAUAUUUGAUUGAUUCUAUGGCAUGUUUUAUUUCAUGUAUAAAUGUAUUGCACUACACAAAUAAACUUGUUAAAUGAUAA